AUGAUUGCGCAUAAAUGUUUUAUCUGUAACUGGAAGGAUAAUUGCUUCGAGAAAAAAUAUUUCACUUACAGUGCAUUUGAAGAUAUUGAUAUAAAAGAUCGUAACACAGAAAUCAAUUUCGGUCUAUCUGAAGAAGGAAAUAACGAAAUCGAAGCAGUAACAUUUGUUGAUAUCUUGAUAAAAUAUGUUCCAAAUUCAAUUGGCAUCAAAUUCAAGAACCUAGUCGCUUUAGAAUUCAAGAGAAGCGGCUUGAAAGAAAUCAACAAAGAAAAUUUAAAGACAAUGCCGAGUUUGAAACAUUUGUGGCUUUGGUACAAUAAGUUGGAGGAACUUCCCCAUGAUUUGUUUACUUAUGCACCUCAGAUUGAAAUCAUUAAUUUUAAAGGCAAUUCCAUUUCGAAAAUUGGCAAACAUAUAUUGAAGCCUUUGAAUAAUCUAAUGUUCGCAGAUUUCCGAGGAAACCCUAAAAUCAAUCGAAUGUAUAAAGUCAAAAAUGCAACUAAUACUUUGGAGCUUCUAAAUGAAGACAUUGAAAAAUGCUGUCGAUCAGAACCAAAGGAAUCUUCUACUGUAUCAUCAUAUGUCAAAGAAAUGUGGGAAACUAAAUGUUUGUCUGAUUUUACCAUCAUUGUUGGAGAAAAGUCUUUCAAAGUUCACAAGAAUAUUUUAGCAGUCAACAGCUGUGUAUUCAGAUCAAUGUUUAACCACACAAAUUUUAACGAGAAUAUUACAAAUGAGAUGGAAGUCGUUGAUAUCACUGCUGAAGCUUUCGAAGAAUUUCUCGAUUUUAUUUAUAAUCGAACCAUACCAGAAAAAGCAACAAACGCAAUGGAUCUGUAUGCAGUCGCAGCCAAAUAUCAAGUUGAAGAAUUAAUAAAAAUAUCUGAAGAAUUCAUAUUUGAUAUGAUUGACGAAAACAAUGCUUGGUCGGUGUUCACGUUAGGAAAAAUUUAUGGAAACGACUUUAUGAAAAUCCUAGCAUUUAAAAAAAUGUCAAAACUCUUUCCUGAUCAUAAACUUUCUGAUGAUCUACUUAAUGAAUCAUCUAGAAAAAAAAUCAAAAAACUCGUCAGCCUGGAAAGAAAUUGA